CGUUAUAGAGCAUCAGCCGCAAAAUUGAGAAAUUUCGCGACGAUGAUGUCUGGAGUGACGGACAGCAAGAAAUAUUUCGAGUUUUGGAGACAAGUGGCGGAUUCUGGUUGGUUCGAUGUGGAGCACUUGAUGGAAACAAAACCAUCUUAUUGUAUGAUGUCGUUGGAAAACAAUGAUCAUUACCCCACCCACCUCUUUCUUUAUGCUAAGAUGGGGAUUCAUAAUUACAAUAUGAUACAUGGGACCAACUUGGAGCUUUAUUGCUUAGAUAAAUACGUUGAUAUACCUAAAGUAUUUUACAGAUAUUACUAUAUAACUUUGGUUACGAAGGAUCCAGCUGGUGGUGGUUCUCUUGCACUUUUUCAGACCUGUGUUGUUGAAGAACGCUGCGACUUGAAGAAACUCAUUUGGGAUAUUGCUAGACCUAAGCCCGAACCACCAGAGGACCCCAUGCAAUCUUUGAAUAUUUAUCGUGGACGGGUAGAUCAUUCCAAAGAAGUUAGGUUGCCUGAUGAGUGGCCGUCGGAGAAUGUUUUCACUGAUAAUAAUCGAUAUUACAUGGUAAAGAAAUCAGAGUUGCUAAAAUAUGACUGGAUUCGUCUAUACUUAAAACUUGCAUUCCUCAACGCAAAUACCGAGCUUAAAAAUCCUGCUCUGUCAAAAUUGGUCAUCGUGAGGGUAGUGGUAGAAAGUCAAGAGAAGGUGGAGAUGCCAAAUGAGAAACUCAAAUCCAGAAAUGCAAUUUUCUACAUAAGGUACAAGUACCACCCGAAUAAAGGUGGAGUUUGUAAGGUUCAUGGUUUCAAGCCUCCCCGUGAUCGCAUGGCAAUGGUAAGAAGAACCACGGACGAGAAUACAGGACUCUACACUCUGACCAUGUUAGAUUCUGCAAAAGCUUAG